AUGGACUUUGCGCCAACGGUCAAAACACCUUCCCCCGCGCCCAACGAAAAACCCUCGGUCGAAAAGCCAAUGCCUGCACCGGAGCCGUCGAACGACAACGAUGCGGCGCCCGCUUCCGCGGCCGAGUCGCGUCUAGACACUGAGGAACUUGAGGCCGACACCCGCAAGCGCAAAAGGAGGAGCCCGUCUCCGGACGUGCCUGCCAAGGACAUCAAGGCGAAGAAGCCUCGCCCCAGCGAUGAUGCUGCUCCGGACGUGCAUUUGAAGGAGGAUGAGGAUCUCGUGAUGGAGCAGCGGGCGCCAGAAGAGGAGAUCAUUGAAGAGAAUAAGGUCGAGACAACGGAUGCGCCUUCAGUACCAGAGGAGACUGCGCCCGCUGCCUCAGAAAUCAAAGAGAAAGAGAAGGAGAAGGAGAAGAACGCGCGUUACAAAGACCUCUUCAAGUCCGCCGGCGCCGUCGAAACACCCACUUCCGCUCCCGCCGCCGAGCCCGAGACCGACGAAGGUCCCAUUAUCCCAGCGCUCCACGUCGCAACUCCGGCGCUCUACAUCCGCGACCUCAUGCGCCCACUGCGUAUCGAGGCUCUGCGCAACCACCUCAUGUCCCUCGCCACACCCCCUUCAGCAACGCCAGACCCCAGCAUCGUCACCACCAUCUUCCUCGACUCCCUCAAAUCCCACGCCCUUGUCCUCUUCAGCACAACGAAAGCCGCCUCCCGCGUCCGCGCAUCUCUGCACAACACCGUCUGGCCCGCGGAAUCGCAGCGCAAGCCCCUCUGGAUCGACUUCGUCCCCGAAGACAAGAUCAAAGACUGGAUCCAGGAAGAAGAGGACUACAUCGCAGCCGAGAAAGCCGGGCGCGCAGCCGGCAAACCCAUCCCCCAGAAGCGCUUCGAAGUCGUGUACCCCGUCGAUCCGCAAACCGGCGAAGUGCACGCCGUCUUCCAAGAAGUGGGCGCCGGGGCGCCUCGCAAUGCACCCAAGGGCCCACGAGCCGGACCCGGAAUCGAAGACCGACGGCGCAGCGAGGCUGGCGCCAGAGAAAGAGAAAGUGUAAAAGAAGCCCGGCCCACGACCGAUAUGUCCGCUAAGCGCGACCUCACUCGCAGUUUCCAAACCCUGGAUCAACUCUUCCUGUCCACGACUACGAAACCGAAAUUGUACUAUCUCCCUGUUAGCGACGCUCGGGCUGAUCGCCGCCGCGACGACCUCGACGACGAGACUGCGAGGGAUUGGAGGCCCGGUGAUAGGGUUCGGGGACGGGGCGCGAGUGGGAAUCCCUUGGAUAGGAAGAUGAGGUAUAGCUUUGAUGUCGAUGAUAGGGUUGUCGAGGUUGGAGGGGAUUUUGGUCCGUGGGCGGAUGAUAGCGUGGCUAGAGGGGGCGUUGCUAGAGGGGGAGGAGGGGGUGGGGGGUUUAGGAGUGAGAGGGGAGGCGGAGGUGGAGGGUUUAGGGGUGGACGAGGCGGGUGGAGAGGUGGGUACUAGGGGUAUUCUUGGAUGACUGGUGAAGAUUGGAGGUGGUGAGGUUGUGAGAGGGAGGAUGGGAGCUGUUAGGGUGAUGAAGGGCUUGUAUUAUGCACAUCAUGGCAGGCGUUUUCGGACAGGAAAUGGGUCGGUAGGAUAUCAUUGAGGCGCUCUAGCAUGGCAGGUUUCCUGGGCAUCGAGCGUGGUAUAGCAAAGCGAAGUUAGCGCUGGGAUAGGGGUUCGCGAGGAAUAAAGGCUGUAAAGUUACUCUGAGUCGACGCACAUGGCGAUAACCUCGUUUUGCAUGCUGUAAUGCAGGGAGUAUAUCCGUCGCUUGCCUUUUCCAAGGUCAAUGCAAUGGAUAGAAAAAUGACAGAUUGGGUCGAG